UCCUCGGGCAUCAUGAAAUGUACAGCAUUAUGAACAUCCCUCAGUCGCCAGAACAGACACGUGCCUGGGUCAGCACCAAGUCGAAACACCUCUGCCGUGCUUCUCCUUUAGGAAAUUGUGUGCUCACCUACUUUCCUUCUGAGAGAUCUGGAUGCCACACACUUGGAUAAUCCUUACGAUCGAUUUGCUGCCCUACGCGACAGUUGAGCCUCCCUCAAGCAGUCAUCACGAUGAACACAAGAUGACUGGAAGCAAACUGCGGGGGGAACACCUGCUCGACAGCAGCCCCGCUCCGGCUCCGCAACCAUGAACGAGAGGUUUUCUUUCUUUUUCCUUUCUGCCCAGACGACACACACUUGCACGUAUUCGGACACAUAGCAGAUAAGUGGUUUGUCUGGGUUCCUCGGAUGAAGACAUGGUGAUGUGAUAGAGGGGGUGAUGUCUCGGAUAGCUGAGGUUGUCAUAAAAGUUGGUCUGACUCCCGACUGUCUCUCUACAGCACAGCACAGCUGCAGAAGCAUCUGCAGCCUCCUGCAGAGACCUGUCCCAAUGGUCGGCGAUGUUUGGUUUCUAGGUGGUCCUUCAACCACGACCACCAUGGCAGCUUGUACAGGCCAAAUCCAUGAUGAAUCAGUGUGGCUUACGUGUUUCGAAAGCUGGAUGGCUCACAGGAUGGUCUGAAGGCAACCUCAAGAUCGGACACCCCACGGCGAUAUUUGUCACGGACAACACUAGCCAAUGUGAGAAGACACUACGGGACGCUGGACAAGAACGCGGGGGGGCAACCCAACCGGUUGGUCAUCUGAAUUGGUGUUGCAAAAUGCAGCAUCCCAAUGAGGUGGCAGGCAAAUCCGUGCUCCACGGCUUCUCGGCAGUCGAUUCUCGAGAGACUGGGGUAGUCGGGCGGUCAUUCAUCGGAGCCCGACUUGAUCAGCCUAGAAGAGCCUCAUGCCUCUAGUUGUGUAGCAUCGAGUGUGCAUGAGAAUUCAGGCGAGAGAUUGUCCGACUCUGUGAACAGCUGCAAAUGUGUCGCGUGAGAAUUGAAAGCACUCGGCAAACCCACCGGUCAAUAUGUUCUGAGUCGAGGUGGAAGGGGUAUUCCGAACGGCAGUGUUUCAUCCUGAUAUCUUCUGGCACGCCAGCUCGAGAAGCUUCGAUGUCAAUCCAAAUCAAGAACCAGCAACACCAUAGAUUUUUGAGAUAAUUUGUGGCAACUAAGAGUGAAAUGGAGCUAUAUUGGUGUAAGUGAAGGGUUGUCGUUGAUUUAAGCUCCCUGACGAAAGAGCCCCAGCGUGUGGAAACUAUCUCGAAGAGGGAAUUGUAAAUUCAGAAGACCCGUAUUGCCAGCACAGCCUCCGAGCAUAUGCGCACGUAGCCAGGGGUAAUUUGAUAUAAAAACGCUCACCUGCACGCCGCUUGGUCUAGAGAAACACUUGCCUUCAUAAAACACUUCGCAACAACGAAAAAACGGUCAGUUCAAGGUGUAAAGAAGAAGAACUCGUCUCAGUCGCCAACAUGCUCUACAGACGACAUUAUUUUCAGCAGGACGUGAGUAAGCAUUGGUCCGUCCUCGACCGGCGAGAGGCUUGGCAGCCACCUGCACCUCUUCAACUGACCCUACUUCCCAUAGAGCACCUACCCUCCAUCAAGACAAGGGUACAAACUGAUGUCUCCAGCCCUGCCAGGCAGUUUUAGAUACAUACAUUGCCUGGCUUACCUCAGACAAUCCAAGGCUGGCUUUCCACCUAGAGCCCUAAUAUUUCAUGUCCUUUUUUACUGUGGA